CUACGCUCCUCUACCCUCCGCACAGCAUUUAACUCUAGGCAGCUGCGAGACCAUUUCCUCCCCUCAGUGGCAAAGGCGGAGCCAGGUUCUAGCCCCGCCCCUGUGGCCUCUGUCUCCCGCCUCCUCCGCUCCUGCUCCCGCCACCAGAAACAGCAGCUUCAGCAGCCGCCGCCGCCGUCUCCCGCCUAACGCCAGCCAUGCCCAACAUCGUGCUGUUCAGCGGCAGCUCGCACCAGGACCUGUCCCAGAAAGUGGCGGACAGAUUGGGACUGGAACUGGGCAAGGUAGUCACUAAGAAAUUCAGCAAUCAGGAGACCAGUGUAGAAAUCGGUGAAAGUGUGAGAGGGGAAGAUGUCUACAUUAUCCAAAGUGGCUGUGGGGAAAUUAAUGAUAACUUGAUGGAACUUCUCAUUAUGAUCAAUGCUUGCAAAAUUGCAUCAUCAUCCAGGGUGACUGCAGUGAUCCCAUGUUUUCCAUAUGCCCGACAAGAUAAAAAAGACAAGAGUCGUGCUCCAAUUUCUGCAAAACUUGUGGCUAAUAUGCUUUCCGUGGCUGGGGCUGAUCAUAUCAUUACAAUGGAUCUCCAUGCUUCUCAGAUACAGGGAUUUUUUGAUAUUCCAGUGGAUAAUUUGUAUGCAGAACCUGCAGUCUUACAGUGGAUUCGAGAAAAUAUUGCAGAAUGGAGGAAUUGUAUCAUUGUGUCUCCAGAUGCUGGUGGAGCUAAAAGAGUGACAUCAAUUGCUGACAGACUGAAUGUGGAGUUUGCUUUGAUUCAUAAAGAAAGAAAGAAGGCAAAUGAAGUAGACAGGAUGGUUUUGGUUGGUGACGUGAAGGAUCGUGUAGCCAUCCUUGUGGAUGACAUGGCUGAUACAUGUGGCACAAUAUGCCAUGCUGCAGACAAGUUACUGUCUGCUGGAGCCACCAAAGUUUAUGCAAUUCUGACUCAUGGAAUCUUCUCUGGGCCAGCUAUUUCUAGGAUUAAUAAUGCGGCAUUUGAGGCUGUGGUGGUCACAAAUACAAUUCCACAAGAAGACAAAAUGAAGCACUGCUCUAAAAUCCAGGUUAUUGACAUUUCAAUGAUACUGGCUGAAGCAAUACGGAGAACACACAAUGGUGAAUCUGUAUCUUAUCUGUUCAGUCAUGUUCCACUAUAACUCCAGAUCAUUGCUUUCCUGUAGGCUGUGUACAGCUACAGUAUGUUUUUCUUUAAUGGGACUCAACAGUAUAAUAAUUAAUGUUAUUAUAGCUUCAAUUGUGUGUGCUUUGAGCUCUUUUUUCCUCUCCUGAACCUGUUUGUUGUUGCCUUUCCAACAUUCUGCUUAAUUCCCCCUCCCCACGUUUUCCCCCAUUUUUUAAAAAAUAAAUUGGCUUCUAUGGGAAAUGUCUGCAUUUUGAUUUGGGCUGGCAGAUAACUUUCCUGUACUCUCUAACAUUACUUUGGAGCUACAAUCGUAAGAGUAUCAUUACAUUUCAGAAGUUUUUUUAUAUAUAUAUAUAUAUCUGGGCUUGUCAAAGGUAGCCCUGUAUUAACACAUUUCCUGUAAUACUUUUAUUUAAUAAAAAUGUCCAUGGGCAUUUGGGUAAAACCCCUGUUAUAUAGAAUCAGACCUUUUAUUUAGAAUAAAUAUGAUUUUAGAGAAUUGUAGGAUACCUUGAAUGUUGAUUUUUUUUUUUAAGCUGGGAGUUCAAAAUGUCUUGGACUUGACCUAGUUUAACAAAGUUUUGAUUAGCUUAAUGAUGGUCAUUGACCAAUUUGCUUAUGAAAAUUUGUAGACAAAUCAGUUAAGGACAGUGUGUAGUAUAAAUGAAUGUAGUUUUAUGUAUCACAUCUAAGUUGGUUGUCAUAUUGCUGUAAAUUUAUGCUUGAGCUUCUGAAAAAUAUUUCCACACUGGGAAAUUCCAGAAUCUUUAACACAUUGGAAUUAUUUAGAAAUAUCUAGAUACAAUCUGUGUCAGACUCUAAUCUCUGAAUUAACUGGUCUGACAUUCUGACUGUAGUAGUGCAUUGAAAUUGAAGUGGGAAGUUGCACAGUAAAUCCCAACUCUUCAAAAAUGCACACUCCAUUCUGUCUUGUAGUAUUCCUUUAUCUAGCAGUUAGCUGCAACUUCUGCUUUUCAACUUUUUGCAGCUAAGAAAAAUUGACAUUUUAAUGAUUGGACUCCUAAUCAUUGGACUUUCAAUUCGUUAAGAUACAUAGGAGUGUAUGCUCUCACACUCUACUGAGGAUUUUUAGGGUUUAAAUCCACUGUCUAUUCAGUCUUUUUUAAUUUUUCUCUUUGACAUGAAUAAAGAAGUUUGGAAUCAUCAGGACUUUUAAAUGUAUGUUUAUAUAAUGCCCUUUUCCCUUUUUUUGUGGUUAGUAUAUCUGUGUUAUUAGUAGUCUAAAAUUGUUAAAAGUCUCUAGCACUUGUUUCAUUGAAUCAUCCUAGAGUUAAAACAUUUACCUGGAAGGCAGUAAUAAAGGAAAUCUGGGGAAAAAGUAUUGGUAGAUAAAUAUUAAAUGUUUGAUUAAAACAAUACCUGAUUAUUCCCAAGAGUGUCAAUGAAGAAAUCACUGAACUAAUAUUUUUUACAUGAAAAAUGACUGUUUAAACUUUUUUUUACUAACUCAGAAGUUAAAGGAAAACUUGAUGUUAAGACAGCACCACCCUAUCUUGCAAAAACAAAACAACCUGGUCCUAUUUCUUAAUGCACUUUGGCUAGAUAGUGAAUCUGUAUAAUUCAGACCAAAAAAAAGAGAGAAGAAACCACAUGGUUAUGCAGACCAACUUUAAAUUGUUAGGGGAAUACCAUUUUCCAGUCUUUUAGUUAAAAAUAACCAACUUUGUUAUCUUUUUUUUUCUUUUAAUAGCAUUAUUUAGGAUUCUAGCACUAACUUUCAGGUUAACGGGUCUAAAAAGGAUGUAUCCAACAUUUAAGUUUUGACUUCAAGUUUACUGCAUUUUUCUAUGCAGUAACAUACCUUCCAAAAGAGAAUUCUAAAGUAAUCUGGUAAUUAUGCAAAAAGUUUAAAUGUGCACAUUGUAUGAGCAGAUGGCUACAUAUAUAGCAAGUUCAUCUAAUAUGAUUAAAAGAAGGGACCUAAUACACUUCUUUGGCUACUUAUAUAAGGUAUCUCAAAAGACUUUGUACAGUUAUUUGUGUUACUGUUAUUGGAAUGCAGUGGGAAUAGUGUAGCUACUCUUCAGAAUACUUGAAGCCCAUUGAAAUGAAAAUAUCCGGAACUGAUUUUAUCCUCUAGCACAAAACAGGGUGAAAUCUACAUAGCCUGCUCUUAUGAGAAAUCAUUGUUUUGUCAUUUAUUUAAUAUUACUUUAGUUUUUGUCUAUUUUAGAAAUAAUUUUAUGAUGUUAAAUAUGGCUGUUUACAUAUAUACAGUAGAAUACAGAACCAUGUGGAAGGUCGAAUAGUCUGUGCCUCAAGAGGAGAAAAUACUGGUUUUUUGUUUCUUGUGGGUCUGUCUAGAUUGGCCAUAGAAAAUUAAACUAGCCAAAUCUUUCAUUUAUAUCCAGUUCUGCUACAUGCAUGUAGAAUCAGUCUCAUUCCAAAUAAUAUGACUUAGGGAACCAUGAUCAUACCAAAGUUGCUCACCCCAAAAAUGUCAUAUUAAUCAGUAAGUAUUUAUACCAUAUUUUUCCUUUAUUAGCUAUUGUUAAUGUCCAGGAAUUAUAUUGUUUGUGGUGCUUGUGUUGAUCAUUUUCACUGUAAAAUUCACUGUUACAAAAUGAAUUUCCUGUUAUUUCCGCUAAUAUUGUGCUAAAGUAUUUUCAAUAAAAUUGUGUUGCAAAUUGCUCCUUUUUAUAA